UAAAAAUGACAAAUCUAUUUCAAUUCUUUUAAAUUCGAACCACUUAACCUGAAUCCAAAUGGAUUGGUGCAUUAGUGAAUUGUUAGAAAAUUAAAGUUUAGUAUCUCUAUUGUUUAUAUUUUCUAAUUUGGUACAUAAGUUUUAAUUUGUUAAUGAAAACAUCACUGAAAAAUUACAUUGUGAUACCGAAAUUUUUUUAUUAUUUCAUUUUAGUACCUAAGAUUUUCAAAAUAUUCAAAUCAAUCUAUUGUUUAUAUGCCCACUUAGAUCCAUGAAUUCACCAAUCCAUUUGCCAUGUCUGCUCGUCCCUUAUGGAUGUGAUAUAUACAUGUAGUAUUUUCUACGUACGGUUGUGAGUUGUGACAUCAUAGAAGGUAGUGCUAUAAUGAGAUAUUAUAACAUUGCACUUCGUGGAAUAUGCUCCUACAUAUGUCAUCAUGUCAUAAUCCACAAUUUUUUUUUUAUAGUUGACGCAAACCUGACCACUCGGAAUAGUCACGUUGCUAAACAUGCAACGUGACUAUUAAUUAACAUUGACAUUGACAUUGACAUUGGGCAAUACAUUGCUAAUUAAGAAGUAGUUCAGGCCUCGUCACUAGCAAAUUGAAAGACUAAAAAUCACCAAUAUAUAUAAUCUCCAACUGGUGGAUUCCUUCUACUCGCAACAGGAUUGCGGAAGUAGGAAAGCUAGCUUUCCCAAAAACCAGGCUGCUAUAUAUAUAUAUACCUCUAUUUUCUCAACAUUAUUAAACCAUUAAUCCCUUUAGUUUAAUCCUUCUUUCGUUGUUUUGGUUGCUAAUCAUUGCUUUGAAUCAACCUACAUAUAAUUAACAUUGACAGAUAAGCUGACCAAACCACUACUCGAAGAUGGUAUCUAAUUGAUUUUAGACGUAACCCUUCUGUCGACUGUUCUAUGGAUUGGAUUGAACGGUUGAACCACUUCUUACCAUCUCUGGGUUUUGGUCCCCCAAGAUUCCUGAUUUUGGUCAUUUGGACGUCAAACCCACCAAAGAAAUAAUCAGCCACCAGCUGCCCCAGCCACCCAAAACUAAUAAAGGCGUUUUAACGAACUUUAGCCAUUUGGGAAUAUGAUUACCUUGAGUAGUUAAAAGGAACCUUUCAUCUAUAGUGAAGUUAUGUAUAAUGAAGGUUGCAUAAAAAGUUUCGUCUAUCUCAUCGUUUAUUCGUUUAUGCACAUUAUCAUAACUUUAUUAUCUACAAUUUCUGAAGAAGAUGAAGUUUGGAUGAAUAGCAGCAUAAGGGCAAUGGAAACUCUCAUCAAUGUUGUUGCUACUGGGGGUCAAAUCGGUGGUGAUGUCUGAUAGAAACAUGGUUUUUAGGGUUUUCUAUUAGUAAUUAAGAAAAGAUAUAUAUUAUUGUUAGGGUUAGUAGUAUUCGAGUCGUAUUAGGUUAUUUAUCAGGAUUAUUCCAGUGUUUUGCUAUAAAUAUGUAUUUUGGGUAUACGUCAUAAUUAAUAAGAGAAGCAUAAAAAAAAAGUAUCCCUAUAAACCCUAUUAUCUCAUUCUAUUCCUCUAAACCUCGUCUAUCUUCUCCCUUAUAAGGCCGGCGGCCAUUCUAUCCCUAUUCUGCCCAAUUCCUCUUCUAAAUCCCGAAUCUCAAAUUUUGUUUAUCCUAUCCUAAAUCCCUAAUUCUUCCCCAAUCUGAUCAUAUUCUAUCAAAUCACUAAUCAUCGAUCUAUUAUUCCCAAUUCCGUAACCCUACCCUACACGCUUUAGAUAAACAGGGUUUAAUUCUAUCAAUGUUUCUCUCAUCUUCCGCAAUGGAAGAACCGCAAAAGUCCUGGAGUGAUCGUUGGCUCGAUGACAAUACCAUUCUCAAGGACAACGCUCCCAACCUGCCGAUGGAGCUCCUGGAUAUGCCAGUCAUCGAAUUUGUUCUUAAUGGUAAGUGGAAUUCUUAUUUUCUUCUAUACUACUUACCCCAUGAUGUUGUCUCGCAGAUUAACCUUCACCCUGUCCCGGUGGAGGACGCUCGAGCCUGGCGAUUCAACCCCAACGGAGAAUUCACACUCCGGUCGGCGUACGAGCUCACGGAUAACACUGCGGAGCCAAAGGUGGGACAGCAAGCCUGGCGGUCGGUGUGGAAGGCCCCAACUUUGCAACGAGUGCGGGCUUUCUUGUGCCUGAUGAAUCAUGGACGACUUCUUACCAACGCGGAGAGGGCACGACGACAUCUCACCAACGAUACGAGCUGUAAGAUUUGUGGCGGCGGACCGGAGAUGAACCUACAUAUAGUCAGAGACUGCCCCUUCGCUCGAGCAACGUGGGCGGACCUUCUUGAGGACGAGCCGGACUCCAGAUUCCUUGAGACUGACGGCCAGAGGUGGAGUCUUUAUUAUCUAUCAGGGCGGAGUAAUACCAUUGAUGCUACUAUGUUUGCAGGAACCUGUUGGCUCUUGUGGAAGAACCGGAAUGACUUCGUGUUCCAGGACAAGUUGAAGACCCAUACACAAAUCCAGUUCAAUUCAAGACAGCUCCGGGACGAGAUCAUCAACGCACUCGACCAGGAGAAAACAGUCUUCGUGACUGGGGGCACCCGAGAGCAGCGCCAAAUUGGCUGGCAACCACCGAAGCAAGACUGGGUCUGUGUCAACACAGACGGCUCAGUCAUCCAUUCUCCUGAGAGCACAUCCUGUGGCGGCAUCAUACGGGGGAGUGAUGGCCGCUUCGUCAGAGCAUACACUGCGAACCUUGGAGGGGGUUCUAUCACUCGUGCGGAGCUGGCUGGUAUUGUGUAUGGGUUGGAUCUUGCUUGGGAGCAAGGGGCCAGGAAAGUUCUUCUACAAACAGACUCAGUAACUGCAAAAACCCUGAUUGAGAAUGCGACCGAGCAACAUAUGCACUACUCACAGAUCAGUGAAAUCAGGAGAAGGCUGCAACGUGACUGGACGGUUCGAAUUGACCACAUUUUUCGCGAAGCGAACUUUGCCACGGAUCACCUAGCUUCAAUAGGACAUUCGCAAACGAUCGGAGUUCAUGUAAUGGAUAGACCGUGUACCUCUCUACUGUACUGGCUAUUUUUUGACCAGGUGGGAAGUGAAACCCCCCGUUUCGUUCGCAUGCAAUAAAGGUUUGGGCGCCCUUAGCGCCCUGUUCUUACCCAAAAAAAAGUAUCCCUAUAAACCCUAUUAUCUCAUUCAAUUCCUCUAAACCUCGUCUAUCUUCUCCCUUCUAAGGCCGGCGGCCAUUCUAUCCCUAUUCUGCCCAAUUCCUCUUCUAAAUCCCGAAUCUCAAAUUUUGUUUAUCCUAUCCUAAAUCUCUAAUUCUUCCCCAAUCUGAUCAUAUUCUAUCAAAUCACUAAUCAUCGAUAUAUUCCCAAUUCCGUAACCCUACCCUACACGCCUUAGAUAAACAGAGUUUAAUUCUAUCAAUGUUUCUCUCAUCUCUGCACCGUUUCGAUUGACACUCAGUCUGCUGUUAAUGCAGCUAGCACACAAUAAUUAACACGUUUAUAGUUUUGCUGGAUGUACGAUAAAACCAUUAACCAUCCAUCCAUACAGAAAGUCACAUCCUAAACUUGGUUGCAUCGACACGAUCGGUAGCAACUAGCUAGUUCAUUUCAUCUCCUAAUACCUGACAAAACAAAAAUCUCACCCCUUUACAAUAAAGAUGAAGAGGAUUGAAUGAACACCACCCUACCUUUCCAAAGUAAUCCACAUACGUACACUAACCCCACUAAUUGUUUUCGAUGAAAGCAAGGAAGUGAAUGUGACAAGACUCAACCACCCGAGUUAUAUAUAAUGAACUCUCUAGCUACUAAAUUCCAUUUUUGGUGAACAGUUUUUUUACUUACACAGGUUGGAGAUGGAGAUGAAACCAUCCUAAUUAAUAAAGGCGCAGGAAAACUGAAAGGUCGAUCUGUCGAGACUGAGGCUGAACCAGAAAUGAGCCAAAAAAAAAAAAAGCGUACGUCCGUCUUUCGGUUUCAUUGAUGGACAACAAGCAUGCAUUUAUCUGAUACUAAUGUACUAGUACUGUCUGUCUGGAGCUGGUGGUGCUGCCAAUUGAUAGGAAACAACGAACAAAGUAGCUUAUUGAUUGGUACCACAAUCGAAUUCAAUUGGGACACAUAUUGAGAGAAAAGAAUCUAACGACGUUGGGGCAGCAUUCAAGUCUUUUUUUCGUUGGGAUGUCGGCAUCGUAGAAGAAAGCUAAGCUGGCCGGAAGGAAGGAAGGACGACUUACAGUAUCCUCUGUGAAUUGGAUCCAUUUUCAACUGAUCUGAGAUUUGGUUUGGGCUGAAAAUUGCCCUGACCUCCCGUCUUGACCCUCGUGUUGACCCUGUCUGACUCGUUUUUGAAGGGUCAAUAUGUAUAACUGACUCGUUCCGUCUCUAUCUCCUUCUUAAUUCUAAAGGGAUGGGACGGGUCGGUGGGUCGAUCCUAAUUUACAAACUACUUUUUUACAAAUUACGUUUGGUACCCAGAAUUAUUUUUUCUUACAAUUUAGUACCCGAAUUUUAUUUUUUUACAAAUAAGUCCUUAAAUUUUGAUGGUAAAAUUACAUUUGGCACCCAAAAUUUUUUAUUUUUGCAAUUUAGUAUCGAAUAUUUGUUGUUGCUAAGGGUCACAGAGUCAAAAACUGACCCAUCCUUAAGUUGACCCAACCCGUCCCGACCCUUAUAGGGUCAAAAGUUUACCCAUCCCUAGACCUCCUCUAUGGACAAACUGACUCGUCCCGAUCCUCAAGGACGGGACGGAUCAGGAGGAUCAGUGGGUUUUUAGGGUCAAACAUAGGGGUGGAAAUCGGUACGGUAUCGGUAUCCCAAUACCAAAUACCGAAAUCCCGAAAAUCGAAUUAUACCCGAACAUCAAUCCCAAUCCCUAAAUAUUCUGGUAUCCCAAUCGGUACUUCGGUAUCCCAACCGGUAUUAUCGAAUACGCAAUUAAUUACAUUUAAAAUAAAUAAUUAAAUAUAUAAAUUAUAUUUGAUAAUUUAAUUUAGGGCAUAGAGACUAAGCAAAGAGUCUUGAGUUUGCCUAGAGCUAUGAUAUGGAUAAGGAGAAUGAAGGAGAUGUGACAUC